UGAGAACGGUAGUCAUUUAACAUUUGAAGAUGGGUGAAGUCAUUUUCUUGAAAAGUACGCUCGUUUGCUUUGUCGGAUUAAUUUUUAUAUCUAAAACGAAUGCAACCCAUUUUAGAGGAGCUUUAUUUUCUUGGAAACCGGGAUCUAGCAAGAAUGAAAUCAUAAUUGAUUACCGGAUAUCUUGGCGACUGUCAAAUGGCGCUAAUUUUUAUUGUAAUGAUAGUAUCAUCAAAAAUGGCGACGAAAGAAAUGGCCAAGGUAGUAUAGCAUGUUUUAGUGGAUGUCAUGGGACACUAGGAUCUUUAGCCUUCCAGUGUACUGACUACAGUACAAUAGAAGACUGGUCUUCAGGAAAGGGGCGUGUCAUUGCAACUCUGAAUACGACAAAUGCGACAUUCGGCUUUACGGGUGGUGACUGGAUAAGUACCCUUAACGUUGGUCGUGAUGGUAGCUGGAAACUACUUAUUAACGCUGACCUUAGUGUAAGACCAGACACUGGAAGAAUCAACUCCUCCCCUAGGGCGGAAAUAACACCAAUAGUUAGACUGCAAUACAAUUGUAACCAUACAAUAACAAUACCAGUCACAGAUCCUGACCGGGAUACUAUCAGAUGCCGAUGGGCAAGUGACUCUAAAGAUGAAUGUGCCGAUGUAUGUAAUGCAUUCCCACACGCAUAUCUUGAUUCUGAUACCUGCACGUUAACAUAUGAUGCGCUGUAUUCUAUGGGAUGGUAUGCCGUAGCAAUUCAGGUUGAGGAUUUUGCAAACCAAUAUGACAUAUCCCCGCUCAGCAGUAUACCAGUUCAAUUUCUUGUACAAGUAUAUCGGUCUCACGAUUCAUGUUCAGUAAAACCUGCACUAAUCGACCCAUCGCCACAUGAUGGAGAUUGCAUUGUUGUCCGCAAGAACGAGACAUUUGAAACAACAAUUACUGCGCAUAUUGAUGGCUACAACAGAAGUAUUGCAGAGAUAAAGACAGUAUCGCCACUAGGGAUGGUUAAAUCACCCUUAAUGCAAAUAAAUGCAAGCACUUGGCAGAUAAAUGUGACAUGGACGCCUACUGCUAUCAACGACACAAGUAAUGUGUUUUGUUUCACGGCGACAGACACGACCGGGCAACAAAGUGACAAAAGGUGCAUCACAUUGCUUUCUGGAGUGUCGAGGCCACAGUUUGUGUAUGGGUCCCAAGGACCAACAGGUUUGGUUUCACCAGAUCAAAGACUUUGGAGCAUCAGGGUAGAUAGACAAUUUACUCGUGGUUCUUCGGGUCAUUACAUUCGGCUAUACAGUGAACGAGGAUCUCUACUAGAGAACAUUGCUGCUUCUGAUAGAAGCCGAGUAUCUAUCAAUGGUUUCAACAACUCCUUGGAGUUUAGGACUAACACCACAUUUCAUGAAAAUCAGACAUAUUAUUUUCUGUUUGAUGCCGGUGUUGUAAGAAGCAAUUCCUAUUGUGGAAUGGAGUCUGAUUCUGCUGAUAUCAAAGACAGUUUCUUCUGGAGAAUAUAUACAGAUGCCGUUCCAAUUCGACUUGUAAAUGGUAAUAAUCCCUACUCUGGAAGAGUUGAAAUAUUUCAUGGUGGAGCAUGGGGCACUGUUUGUGACGACAGUUUCGAUCGGCCUGAUGCUGAGGUUAUUUGCCGAAUGCUAGGGAUGUUGAGCUAUGACAGUGAUGUUAUGGCAUUUCAACAAGCACAUUUUGGCCAGGGUAGUGGAAGGAUUGUUCUUGAUGACUUGCAGUGCAACGGAAGCGAAAGUAGUUUAGAAGACUGUCAAUCUUCUGGAUGGAAUCAUGAAGACUGUAAUCAUAAUGAAGACGCUGGUGUUUCUUGUAACGUAACAAUACGUCUUGUAAAUGGUAGCAGCAAAUAUUCUGGUCGAGUUGAAGUUUAUCAUAGUGGAAGAUGGGGGACAAUUUGUGACGACAGUUUUGGACAAAAUGAGGCGAGGACUGUGUGCAGACAACUAGGAAUAUUCUAUGGUGACAGUCACACUCUUGCGUAUGGAUCAGCUUAUUACGGGGAAGGUAAUGGCAGUAUAGCACUAGAUGAUCUAAGUUGCAAUGGUUAUGAGGAUCACAUCUGGGAUUGUAGAACUAAAGCAUGGUUUUCAAAUGACUGUGGCCACGGCGAAGACGCUGGGGUUGAUUGCUAUGCUGCCAUUCCGAUUCGACUUGUAAAUGGUAAUAAUCCAUACUCUGGAAGGGUUGAAGUAUUCCAUGGUGGAGCAUGGGGCACUGUUUGUGACGACAGCUUCGAUCGGCCUGAUGCUGAGGUCAUUUGUCGAAUGCUAGGGAUGUUGAGCUAUGACAGUGAUGUUAUGGCAUUUCAACAAUCACAUUUUGGUCCGGGCAGUGGAAGGAUUGUUCUUGAUGACUUGCAGUGCAACGGAAGCGAAAGUAGUUUAGUAGUCUGUCGAUCUUCUGGAUGGAAUCAUGAAGAUUGUGACCAUGGUGAAGACGCUGGUGUUUCUUGUAACGUAACAAUACGUCUUGUAAAUGGUAGCAGCAAAUAUUCUGGUCGAGUUGAAGUUUAUCAUAGUGGAAGAUGGGGGACAAUUUGUGACGACAGUUUUGGACAAAAUGAGGCGAGGACUGUGUGUAGACAACUAGGAAUAUUCUAUGGUGACAGUAGCACUAUAGCGUAUGGAUCAGCUUAUUACGGGAAAGGUAAUGGCAGUAUAGCACUAGAUGAUCUUAAUUGCAAUGGUUAUGAGGAUCACAUCUGGGAUUGUAGAACUAAAGCAUGGUUUUCAAAUGACUGUGGCCACGGCGAAGACGCCGGAGUUGAUUGCUAUGAUGCCGUUCCAAUUCGACUUGUAAAUGGUAAUAAUCCGUACUCUGGAAGAGUUGAAAUAUUUCAUGGUGGAGCAUGGGGCACUGUUUGUGACGACAGCUUCGAUCGGCCUGAUGCUGAGGUCAUUUGCCGAAUGCUAGGGAUGUUGAGCUAUGACAGUGAUGUUAUGGAAUUUCAACAAGCACAUUUUGGCCAGGGCAGUGGAAGGAUUGUUCUUGAUGACUUGCAGUGCAACGGAAGCGAAAGUAGUUUAGAGGACUGUCGAUCUUCCGGAUGGAAUCAUGAAAACUGUAACCAUGGCGAAGACGCUGGUGUAUCUUGUAACGUAACAAUACGUCUUGUAAAUGGUAGCAGCAAAUAUUCUGGUCGAGUUGAAGUUUAUCAUAGUGGAAGAUGGGGGACAAUAUGUGAUGACAGUUUUGGACAAAAUGAGGCGAGGACUGUGUGUAGACAACUAGGAAUUUUCUAUGGUGACAGUCGCACUAUAGUGUAUGGAUCAGCUUAUUAUGGAGAAGGUAAUGACAGCAUAGCACUAGAUGAUCUAAGUUGCAAUGGUUAUGAGGAUCACAUCUGGGAUUGUAGAACUAAAGCAUGGUUUUCAAAUGACUGUAGUCACGGCGAAGACGCCGGAGUUAAUUGUUAUGCUUAUGACAUGACAACGCUUUGGUGGUACAACAAUGCAGCAGAAACUACAGAGGUUAGAACACCAAUACGGCUUGUAAAUGGACCAACAUAUUACUCGGGGCGAGUGGAGGUCUAUCACAAUGGCGCGUGGGGUACAGUUUGCGACGAUGAUGUUAAUAACAGAACGGUCAAGGUCAUUUGCAAAAUGCUUGGAAUGUAUAUCGGUGAUAGUUAUGGUAGACCUUACUCAGAUGCACAUUUUGGACAAGGAAGCGGUCGAAUUGCUCUUGAUAAUCUGAACUGUAAUGGCUACGAGACGGAUAUAACACAGUGCAUGCAAUCCGCCUGGUACCAGAAUGAUUGUGGACAUAGUGAAGAUGCUGGUGUUGAUUGUCGUGGUUAUGCAUAUGGAAGAGUAACAUUGCCUAAAUACUCGGGAUAUUAUACCAGUGAUAGUUACUAUACAUCUACUACAUACAGACCAUGGUACUUAUCUACUAAAGGAUAUAGCCUGACAGAUGCAAUACGAGUUGGAUGUGCCGAAAAUGGUUGGAACAUUAGAGUAGACCUUACUGUUUUGAGAAAUAUACAUCCUGGUGCUGUGGCUUCAGAUAUUUAUUUAGGGGAGAAUACGUGUACUGGUACACAAGGCUGGAAUACUGUCACAUUUCAACAAGGAUUACAUGAGUGUCUCACUAGUCAAACUAUUAGAAAUGAUGUCCUUGUGUACAGAAACCAGCUUGUGUAUGCAGAACGAGACCCAAUUCAUUCCUUUAUAAUUCGACACUACAACUGGACCGUGAGUGUAGAAUGUGACGUUGGAAGGAAUGAAACGUCGUCAGGACAUAUUCAUCAUGAUGCAGGUAAUAAUCCUGUCGACUCAGUGCUUGGUUCGAGUCAUUACUAUGUCAACAUGAGCUUUUACUCUGAUCCUAAUUUUGCAUAUCAAAUUAGUGGAAACCCAAUCCAUGUUGCUGUAGGAAACAAAGUUUAUGUCAAGGUUUUCACCACAAGCUCUGACUGGACAAUCAAAAUGAGGGUACAUACGUGCUACACAAAACCAUCUGCAACUGCAUCUGACAGUUUCAAAUUUGAAAUGAUAAAGAAUGGGUGUGAGAAGGAUUCGAACACUCAUAUCAUAUCACAGUCCUCACAUGAGACUCGCUUUGUGUUCGAGGAUUUCGAAUAUACCAGCAAUCACGAGGGUCUUUAUGUCUACUGUGACGCCAUGUUCUGUCGCUCCUCCGACUACUCCAGGCAAUGCAUGCAAACAUGUAACCCGUAAAAGAAAAAAAUAUAUAUUGUUUUCAUUGAGGACAUUGAUAGAAUUAGAUAAUUUUCAAAUGAAAAAUGAGCACAAUAAACUUUUAAUAUGUAAA